GUCUCCUGUUGGACAGGGGGUAUUUCCGUGUACACAGGGUGGUCUUGAGGGGUAAUUUAAAAAGGUUGGAUCCAUAAACUAUAUGAGAAUGCAGUUCAUUGGCUGAGAUCCAUUGCCCUGCUGAAUCACCAGUUGCACCCGUCCGUCAUUUCCAGAGCCGAGCAUUAAUGUAACAAAACGCUUUCAUCCCAUUCGGACGGACGGAGAAUUAAAUGUCAUUGGAGUCCCGGCGGUCGGAAGCUCGCUGUUUGGUUCCAAGAUUGAAGGUGUUUUCGGUGUGCAGUGGAGCCGACAUACGACCAGUCAGUGCUGAAAUCAGAAACAACAAAACCGCUCCACUGUUUCGCUCGAGCCGCUCCACUUCCGCGGGGGAGGCGGAGCAAGACUGUUGUCCUUCGUAGUACUUUAUUGCAUUUCGUUCGGCAAUAAACAAGUGCUCUUCAAAAUGAAUCCAGCGAGUUUCAGGGACUGCAAGGCCUGGCAGAAGGAGGGCCUGCCUCUGUCCACGUCCAGCAACGAGGCCUGCAAGCUGUACGACGCCCUGCUCACCCAGUACGUGACCUGGCGCAGCGACGAGACCCUGGGAGGCGUGGAGGGGUGCAUCUCCGCCCUACGAGCAGCUGACCCGAACUUCGUGAUGGGUCAUGUGAUUGGCACGGGGCUGGAGCUGGUGGGCACCGGGAGCUCCGUGCGGCUGAACGGGCGCCUGGCGGGCGACGUGGCCCGGCUGGCGGAGUUGGCGGCGGGCCGGGACCUCGCCCCCAGGGAGCGGCUCCACGCCCGGGCCGUCGAGCUCUUCGCCAAGGGGUGUCUCCCGGAAGCCUGCGAGCUGUGGGACGAGAUCCUCCUGGAGCACCCGACGGACAUGCUGGCCGUCAAGUUCGCCCACGACGGCUACUUCUACCUGGGACGGCAGGCCCAGCUGCGGGACUCGGUAGCCAGGGUCCUGCCCCACUGGACCCCGCAGAUGCCCCUGUACAGUUACCUGAAAGGCAUGUACUCCUUUGGAUUGUUGGAGACGCAUUUUUAUGACCAAGCAGAAAAAACAGCAAAAGAGGGUCUGGAGCUGAACCGGGAGGACGGCUGGGCCGUCCACGCCGUGGCGCACGUCCACGAGAUGAGGGCCGAGGCCGACCAGGGCCUGCACUUCAUGGAGAGCCGGGAGAGGGACUGGAAGGUCUGCGACAUGCUUGCCUCGCAUAACUACUGGCACUGGGCCCUGUACUUCACUGAAAAGGGGCGGUACGAGGAGGCGCUCGGCGUGUACGACGACGAGGUCGUGCGACGCUGUAAGGCUUCGGGGUCCCUGCUGGACACGGUGGACGCCUGCUCCCUGCUCUACAGGCUGGAGAUGGAGGGUGUGAAUGUAAAGGAUCGCUGGAGGGAGCUGCUGCAGGUGACCAAGCCUCACACAGAGGACCACGUCCUGCUCUUCAACGACCUCCACUUCCUGAUGACGUCACUGGGGGCCAAGGACGAGGGGACCACUCACCGCCUGCUGGAGACUCUGCAGGAGCUGGCAGAAGCCCCCGGAGAGAAUUUCCAGCACAAGCUGGCGGGAGGCCUCGGGGUGCCCAUGUGCCAGGCCAUGGUGGCGUACGACCGGGGCGACUUCGGGGCCGCCGCGGACCUGCUGCGGCCCCUCCGCUACCGCUUCGCCGAGAUAGGGGGCAGCGACGCGCAGAGGGAUCUGUUCCAUCAGCUACUUGUGCAUUCGGCUAUGAAGUCAGACAAGAAACAGCACCAGAAGCUUGCCAGGUGCCUGCUGGUGGAGCGCGAUGCAGCCAGACCCAACUCCCCGCUCACCCACCGCCUGAUCCAGAGAGCCAGGGCUCUGCAUGCCUGACAGCCAGGCCAGCCCCCGGGGGUGGCCCUCCAUCUUAGGAACGGGUGGUCUUUCCUUCAAAAGGACUCAUCUAAAUCAUUUGUAAAUAUCAGCCGGGAGAGCAGUCCCACCGUCCAUUAUAAAUCUGUAAGGAAUUCAGCCGCAUCAAAUGCAUAUAUUUCAGUGCUGAAUGUGUUGAAAGGGCACGCGAAAGGGCAGCCUAUGAUCGCGCGUUUUUAACUUUUUGGAAUUUCAUCUUCUCGAUCGACUGCAAGGAGUUGGAGCCGGUUUUUUGGGGCGCGGCUGUCGGGCGCGUGCGUAAAGCUCCUCCCCUUUCGCCUCGGCCCCGCCUUCAAAGACCAAAGACCUGUGAAGCCAAGCGGGCUGGCGUAACCGCUUCCUGUGCCGAAGGUCGCGUUGCACGCGCCACGCCCGGCUGUCCUGGAUUCGCGCUCGUAGCCGUGACCUCAUCCGUUCGCUUUCGUAGUGCGCCGGACGAGCGGACUCUGUCCUGAAACGCUCC